AAAUGCUUUUAAUUUUAUUUUAUCAUUGAAUUGUUAAACCUCAAAAGUAGAUCAUAAUAAAAUAUGUAUAUCAAAUUAAAGAUAUGAACUUGCACUUUCUAAAUGAUCGGCCCUAUUCCCGUUGGCGUUGUCGUUUUAAAACGAAAUAAAAACGACAAGUUGGCAUCACCGUUGGCGUUAUCGAAGUUUAUCGGAAAUAUAUCGGUAUUCUCCAUUUUGAAACGAAGAUAGGAACGCCAUAGAAACAUUCGUCUACUGUCGUCCGCAUUUUUUAGAACGAAAGCGAAAGGAUUGCGAUUUUAAUAAAGUUAAAAUGAAAAUUACUACCGUGCAGCAAUUUGAGGUUUUAGUUUCCGAAAUGGAAAAGAAUCCCGCGUACGCCAAAGGUUUUAGGAAGGGCAUAAAACCUCUUAACUUCAACAGUUUUUGGAACGUGGUUGCGGAAAAAGUAAAUCCUUUUGGACCUCCAGUUCGUGAUGGAGAAGGUUGGCAUAAAGUAUGGAAGGACUUGAAAUUCAAGGUAAAGAAAAAACUGGUCAACAACAAAACCGAAGCGAGAGCAACAGGAGCCAAUAGACAAAUGCAACUGUCUCUACUGGAAGAAGCGGUGGCAAAUUUGUUGCAGUUUGAGCAGCAAAUAAACCCCAAAGGGAGUGAGUUGGGUUUGGUUGAAGAAACCGAAAUUGAUGAGUUGCUUAACCUUGAUGAAACGACUGCGAGUUCUCAAGUACAGGCAAAUGCAGAAAAC